UUGGUCACCCUAGAAUUCCAAAAGACGCGCACGGUGGGGAUGACAAGUCAGCGCUCUAAACCACUAUUAGCUUACUUCGUUUUAAGUUAGCUAACUUGCUGCAUCAGCAACGUGCUGUGGUAGGGCAACUUUAAUAAUAGUUUUGGACGGUGUUGUUGGUACGAAGAGUUUAGGCUAACUUAUCGUUAGCAACCCACCAUUAGCUAGCAAAUGAUCUCUUUCGUUCAAGUUGCCCGCGAAAGCUAACCUGUUUUUGAUGUGGCCAGAAAAGAGAGGCGUUAAAAUAUUUGCGGGCAGAACAGAUACUUGGGGUACAUUUUUUAAUUCACACCUGGAAAUAAAUGGCGUCGAUGCAGCUUGACUGACUACCUGGUCUGCUGACGUUAGCUAUCCUGGCUAGCCAGAUAGCUCUCCUGCUACCGUCAUGGCCAAAAUAGAAAACGGACGCCAAUUAUCGGACACAAGAAGCAUCAGGACCAUCGGCAGCAGUAACAUCGACGAUGAAAGCUCUUUUGGAUCCGAUUCGGAGAUUAACGGCUUCACCAGCGACAGGCAGACCGAUAAAUAUGGUUUUAUUGGAGGGGUACAGCGGUACACGGAGGAGUCAGCUCUGGAUGUACCUCCAGAGGUGCUCAGGCAGAGAGAGGUGAAGUGGCUGGACAUGCUGAGCCAUUGGGACAAGUGGAUGAUCAAGAGAUUUAAUAAGGUGAGACUGCGGUGCCAGAAGGGGAUCCCUCCUGCUCUCAGAGGCCGUGCAUGGCUCUACCUCUCAGGGGGGAAGGUGAAGAAGGAGCAGAACCAUGAAAAGUUUCAGGAGUUGGACAGCCAGCCGGGGGACCCCAAAUGGAUUGAUGUGAUUGAGAAAGACCUCCAUCGACAGUUUCCUUUCCAUGAAAUGUUUGUGUCACGAGGAGGACAUGGACAACAGGACUUGUUUCGUGUUCUUAAGGCCUACACGCUCUAUAAACCAGAGGAGGGGUACUGCCAGGCUCAGGCUCCAAUUGCAGCCGUUUUGCUCAUGCACAUGCCUGCUGAGGAUGCUUUCUGGGGUCUGGUUCAAGUCUGUGAGAAGUAUCUUCCUGGUUACUACAGUCCUGGCCUGGAAGCCAUUCAGUUGGAUGGAGAGAUUCUGUUUGCUCUGCUGCGACGCGUCUCCCCAGUAGCCUUCCGGCAUUUGGAGAAACAUAAGAUCGACCCCAUCCUCUACAUGACUGAAUGGUUUAUGUGUGCCUUCUCCAGGACCCUGCCCUGGGCCUCUGUGCUGCGUGUCUGGGACAUGUUCCUCUGCGAUGGAGUUAAAAUCAUCUUUCGAGUGGGGCUGGUGUUGCUGAAGUACACACUGGGAACCCGUGAGAAGCUGAAGAACUGCCAGGGCCUUUAUGAGACUAUGGAGCUUCUCCGAGCCAUAGAUCCUCGCUACAUGCAGGAGGGCUUCCUCGUCCGAGAGCUUUUUGAAGUCCCAGUGACAGCCCGAGACAUUGAGAGAGAGCAUCACAGCCAGCUCAAACGCUGGAAGAAGAACCGUGGAGAGCUGAAUUUCAGACCAUCUCCAAGGAUGCACGGAGCUCGCCCCAUCAUGAUGGCUGAGCCACCAAGGCGUCAGGACCUGCAGCAGAACCCUACUAUAUUAUUUGAGGCGUCUGACACAAUGCAGCUGAAAAAAAAUGAGGAGAGGAAGAGCAAGAAUAAAAAGAACACGAAGAAACCAGUGCCCAUAGAGGAGAUCCCUAAUCCGUACCCUCUUCAUAAUGACCCACCUCCUCCUCCUACAGAUCCCCCCGUCCCGCCCCCAGACAGCACCAUGAUGCCGGAGAGCUUACCAAAAACUGAAAUGGACUUCCUUCUCCAGCAGGAGGCGCCCUCUAAUGAUCUGCCUGCUGCCAAAGAAUCCACUCAUCAGAAAUCCACACAAAGCCUUAGCAGCACAGAGCAGGAUACCUACCUGUAGGUGUGUGUGUGUGUGUGUGUGUGUGUGUGUGUGUGAGUGCGUGCGUGCGUGCGUGCGUGCGUGUGUGUGUGUGUGCGCGCGCACGUGUGCUAGUCACCAGCACGCUACGUUCAGCAACCAGCCAGCAUGGUUAUUCUUCUUGUGUGGACUAUUUUUGUACUAAUCUUAGACGCACGUUUGCCUCUGACACAUUUAGCUUGCUCUACAGAAAAAGUGCUAAAACAUGGAGCUGAUGUUGCCUCCACUUGAUUUUCUAAUUCAGACUAAAAGUCUUCUGUUAGCAGUUCCGUCCGGUUACUGAGAGCCUUUGGACUCCUAUGGGUCACCUGGCUAUCUUGUCUCUCAGACUGAACAUUAUUAAGUUAACAAGUAACACUGUGCAGCAAAGGUUGCAAACUCUUCAUGCACCUCGACCCUGCUUCUUUUUCCACUAGAGGACAGCCUCUCACAGGUUUCCGCUCAUCACAGCAACAAUAAGGCUUCAGUAAGCAGCAGCAUAUCAGGUCCAACUCAUUUAGACUUUUUUUGUGCCAAGCAUGUCCCGCUUCUACUCAGAUGGUCACUUUUUUAGUCUCUUUCUCUCUAGACGUUGUAUGAACCCAGAUCCUUCCAGCCACCAGCAGUUUGCUUGGACAGCAGACAGACCAGCACAGGACUUCCUCACUGUGCCUCACAUUCCUGCCUUCUAAAAAGCUGCUCCGUUUUGGCCAAAUGCUGUAAUAUGGAUUUGUUCACACACGUCUAGGAAAAUCUUGGACACUGAAUGACUGCAAAUCACCCAACAGUGCUGACCUGUUUGCCACUACUUCAGAGUUUUUGGGGGACUAGAAUUCCCAAAGGAAUUUUUUUUAUUUUUAUAGAUUUUCUACAGUUGCCACAUGCAGCCAGGCCUUUCCUUUUUGCACAGACAGUUAAGCCAGGUUAGGGGAUUUUUCAGUCAUUUAGGGAGUUUUUCUGGCUAAUUCCCUUUAUUAACAUUGAGACAUUCAAGAGUUGAGGCUUUUUCUAAUUGAAAUUUAUUUCCCUGGAAAAUUACAAUCUGCUUUUUGUAUCAGCAUCACAAUGGUAAAGGGAGAUUGAACAAGCGUUAGCAGAUUGUUGUGAAAUAUGUAUAAAAGUGUCAAAAAAUAUAUAUAUAUUUGUUUAAAAAAAUGCAAUCAUCAUAGGUCAGGCAAAAAAAAACAGUGUGGGUUUGUAGGACAAACACACAUGUAUGCAACAAUUACACUUCAUUCAUGCUAUAUUUUAAUUUAACAGUCUGUAGAUAUCAUAUGUAAAAAUAACCAUUUGUUUUUUAAUGAAAUUUAUUUGACAUAUGCUAUAUUUUAUUGAACAGUUAAAGGACCUGCAGAGCAGACGUCUAAAUCAGUAUAUUUCAGUUAAACCUUCAUAACACUAGAACAUUGGGUUGAUCUGUUGUUUUUUUUUUGUAUGUACUCUAAAAGCAGGUGGAUAUCAUUUCAUUAUUUACACUAGUGCUAUACAGGAAGUGAUUGAUAACCACACGUCUUAAGUUUCACAAUUACAAAGAGAAACCAGCUUACAUGCAGCCUGAAACGUUUCUGUGUAGCCUUUACUUGUCUUAAUGUAGUGUGGUAUGUGGUCCAGCAGAUGGCAGAAGAGGGCUUUUCAGCUGUUUUACUCUUGAGUCCUCAGACAUUUUCAUUGCUGUACAAUUUUUUAUUAUAAUGCAACACGUAUGACUUUAGGGUUAAGUCAACUACAACUUUCUUACAUUUUCACAGCUGGGAGUUUGUUACUGCUCUGAUUUUGAAUAAAACUACAAAUGUC